CUACCAACACAAAAGCAAGGUCAGGCCUCCGUCACUCCAUGUACUUGCGCGCUAUAAGUGCCUGCCUACCGUCCAGCCGAGCGGUCUCGCUCAGUCCGCCGGCGGAUCAAAUUCAAUGCGGUUUUCGCAAGCGAAGCGCGCGCACGCCGUUCAAUUUUUAACCAACUUCUAAUAGUGCUGUUCGUUCGUACGCGUAUUAAGAUGCCGUGUGGUGCCUUAUGUGCUGUAGAUGGGUGUAAAUCGAGCAAAAGAAGGGAUAAACACCUAACAUUUUUCCAUUUACCUGUCAACGAAGAAAGGCGUAAGACAUGGGCUGAAUUGAUUGGCAGGCCCGAUUUAGCAAGGCCAGAAAUCAAGCCAAAAAGUCAUUACGUGUGUUGUCUUCAUUUUGAAAAGUCGGUGAUUAUUCAUAUACCACAGUUACGACCUGACGCUAUGCCUACAAAACUGCUGCCAUCUCUUCCAACUACUUCAAGUGCUAGUACUGAACCAAAAUGUAAGGAAAUAAUCUACACAAACACAGUAAUCUGUGGCCGAGUGCCGGCCGCGGCCGAACUCGAAGCAAGAAUGUCGGGGCUGCCAGCUCAAACAUACAUUUCCCCGAUAGUUCACAAAAAUAAUUUUAGUUGAAUAUUUUGGAUUUAAAUAUGAUUGAUAUUAUCUUGCCUCUACAUUAAUUGGUGAUAGGGGCUGGUCGAAAUGCUACAUGGCUUAAAAUUUUAAGAAAAAAGUUGCUUUUUAUAUUUGGGUAAAGCAAAAUACUGUGCGCCAUAUUUUUAUGAUGAUUAAAGUUGAUAUUCAAAUAUGGUUUGUUUGAUAGAAAUCAUCUUACGAUUCAACCUUUAAAAUAAAUACAUAUCAAAAGCGAAUUGCCUAUUUGUUAGUAUGACUCAAAAUAAUGAAUGUGUGUUGUAAGUUUAGCAGUGAUUUAACCAAAAAUGUCUCAAAUCUACGCUGGUGAUCAGAUCUAUUCUAUGCCUGAGUAUCAUUCAGUGUUAUGAACUUCCGCUUAGGUCCAAAUGGCUCCUUUCUAAUUUUAUUGUACAACAAUAACUGGCAUAUUUCCACAACUCUACUUCUUUUGUACAAAACGGGCAACUUUUGUACGCUAGCAAUAAUACCGGUCCAGGUUCGAAAUUCAAAGUGCUUGCCAGCGGGCGCGAGCUGGCAACGUCGCGUCGACCGACACAACGUGGUAUAAAUAGGUGGGUGGUUCAUAACUGCCAAGAUAAUCUUCGGCCUGACAAGACGCUUUUCAUUUUUUACAUUUACGUACUGCUGGACUGUCUGUGAGUUCCAGACUAUUUAAAUCCAAGUAUAUUUUGAUUCCUAAAGCAAUGCUUCCAUCUUGGUCAACAUCAACAGUCAUCGCCAAACGGCUACUGAGUCUUGGAAAAUCUUAAACGCCUUAAACUAAACCUGAGCUCGCUCAAUUCACAUGGUCCAAAAAUCUGUAGAGCAGACUUUUAUCAACGGAAUUGACUUACUCGCACGAUUCAUAUUCGAGGCGUGGCACUGUACUGAUAUUUUGCCAUAUUUUGUACCAGGAGUUCUGGAUCAGAAGACAAAUAUUGUUAUCAGCAUCAGAUGACCUGUAGCGUGAUAAUUCCUUCUGUUCGUCAUAAUUUCCUGACAUUAUCGUCAGAAGUGUAAAACAUGUCAAUCAGCGCUGUGACUUCCUCAAAAAAUCCUCAUUUGUUUUUCUUCGCUUUAAAAACAUUCUGUGAUCAGCAGACGACUAUCGAUGAGUCAUCUUCUAAUGGUAUUUUUAAACCACUGCAGAGAAUAGAAACACUUAUUUGUGAAGGCUACCUAUAUCAUUAUGUAAAUUAUUUUGGGCGGAGGAAUCAAGUAUUUACUCUCAUUAACUACCAUUGACGUCAAACAUGCGUCUGAAUGGAAACAAUGAAUUUAAUAAUGAUAUUAUUCUUCGUAAUGUCUGUUUUAUUCGCUCGUUCUACUUACUGUAAAGAUUUGUAACUUUCACCUAACCACUUCCCACUGAAGUUGGAACCAGUUCUCUGUGCAAAACGCGAUGUGGGCGUGUUACAAGGUAGGAAAGCUAUCGGCGAUCGACAACACGGCUACCGUUGUACUUACUAACGCUGUGGAGCUAGAGCACUCAGCUCCUCGCAGGUAGAUAAGGCAAGGAACACAAUGCUCCGCUCUGUCCUCGCAGCUUGCAUACCUCCCUUUGUAGUGCGCAUUCAUUGAUUGCCCAAGGCGUGGGCUUCAAUGACCAUGCAGUUUAAUUAUGUUGAAAUAUUUCGAAUAAUGCAUAAUAAAUGAAUUGUUUAUCGUUGAUUAUAAGCAUUACCCAUUUUUGCUAUAUGGGUUCUCUUGAUACGUACGCGAAAUUCCAAGAGAAAAGAAUCAUUUUGACAGAGUCUUAGAUGGAGAUACGUAUGUAUAAGGCAGGAGUAGAUCAAGCCAAUUUGAAAUGUAUGAUCACCAAAUAUUGACGGACCAAGGAUAUGUACUUGCGGUCUACUUCGACUGACUUUGAGACCAUACCAUUUGUGUGAAUUUUCACUUUAAGUUAACUACCUAUAUUUUGAUUCCACUAGAUUCUCUUAGAGCCUAUUUUGACGAGUACACCGUAUUCGAUGCUUUACAACAAUUUGAGAAACCGAAGUCAGGGUAAAAUUGCGUAACUUGAAUAUCAGAAAUUUUCACGAUAACGAGUACAUAUAUUUUUCACUUUACCACACCUAGUAAUUGAAUGAACCAUCCAUCGUGGGGGCGUUAUUUAUCUACGACAAAAUAAUGAAUGACGGAUUUCUUGGACGCGCCGCCCGCCAUGGUUAUAAAGUUGUCAUGUCAGCUAUUUUGAAUCAAGGGUUUUUAUGUACGCAUCGUGCAAAUUCAGAAUACUUUUUCUGGUAUGGUUUUUCUUGUGGGCUCUUAUGUUUUUAAAGGGCACUUGUUACUUGUUAGAAGACUAUAAAUGAGAUGUUCUUAGUCAAGUAGACAAAGCAGGAUCUAGGAUUUUACAUUAACGCUUUUAUCUCUCCUUUAAGAAGACGAUAUUUCUAUGAGGUUUGGUCACAAAAAAGUGAUCACCACUAAGGAACAGUAGCCGACCUACCUAAUUUACCAUGUUUAUUAAAACUACCUAUGUCCUUCUACUAUUUGAUUGCUUAUUGCAAAAAUACUGAAUCAAUCUGAUCUGAUACCACGUGCUACGUUUUAAGUACGAAAUUCUUUCCUAUUUCUUCUUGAGUCUUUUCAAUUAAAUGUUUUUCAACUCACUUUGAACUUGUCCAGAAUUUCUAAGAAAUGUUUUUUCAGCAAAUAAGUAGGUACCUAUGUACGUAACACUCAACGAAAGAAGUCUGAUUGUAAAGAAACUCUGAGUGUAUUUCUCGUACGGGGAAACUCCUGUUGGCCUUAAACGCGGCGUCGAUCGAUCGUGCGACGUUGCCGCUCUGUGGCCGGGCUCGCCGCCGCCAGCUCUGCAACACUUACUGUUUAUUUUUAUUGUUGCCAAUCAAUUAUUAUGAACGAAUAAUGACACCUGUCCACUCACAUGGUAACUUACCCUUAGCGUUCAAUGAGAUCAAAUAAAUACACUUAAAAAUCAUUUUUCUCAAGUGGUUCUGUCUGUUUAUUUUGGAGUUGUUUGAUCUUCUUUUAUCCUACACCAAAUGCUAAUAAUAAUACGAUUUGAAAUUAAAAUUUAUACCUACAACCAUUCAAUACCUAAAAUUCUAAAUAAACGAGUGUUAUAUACCUACCUACUUACUUACUUAAUUUAAAGGAAUCAUACAAUUCAUUUAAGAAUAAAUACUUAGUUUUAUUUGCUUUUUUUUGUGAGAAGGGUGUCUUAAAUAAUUUCCGUUUUUUAUUUACCCAAAUUUUAGGGAAAUGUUUUUUUUUUUAAUUUCAAUACUGGAUGGUAGGUACGCUUUCGUAAACUACGUACAAAGGUUCGAAACUGCUCACUCACACAAGCGCGUGUAUCGACGGGACGAAUGAGCGGUUCUUGCGUUACUGCCAGUAGGUAGUGUGCGCCGCUGCGCCGAAACGAGUGCUCACGUAUAAGUUUAUUUCGCUGUUUUACGUAGGUAGAAUAAAUAUACAUAUUAACUAGUAAUAAGUUAUCUGUGCUUUAAAGCAAAAAUGCCAGGAGCGUAUUGUGCAGUAUUUGGCUGUUUCAAUGCGGCUGCAUCAAAUCCGGAGCUUUCGUUUUUUGGACUUCCUACUGAUUAUAAAAGACGUGCCACAUGGCUGCAGUUAAUUUGUAGAGAAGAGUUGCAAGAUAGGAACCCGAACAGCUACACAGUUUGUGAAGCGCACUUCGACCCUCGAGCCGUUAUACACGGGAAGUUACUGAAGAGGUUGAGAGCAUUCUCUAUACCAACACGUAAUUUGCCAAAUAAGGAUGUCCUUCAAAAAGAAACUCAAACCGAAGUACGUACGACAGAAAACAAAUUCGCACAAACAGAUUUUUAUGUAUUGAAACUGGAAUCAGGUGCACAGACUCCUAACUACCUUCAGAACUCACUUCCAUGUGUAAAAAAACUGAAAGAUGAGCUUACAGCGUGUAAGAAGCAGACGAAAUCGGCAAAUGCAAGUAACUUGUCAAAAGACACGUUCCAUAAGCUUUGCGACAAGUUUUUGACUAAACCCUUAGCAGAGAUCGUGAAGGCACAAACUAAAUUGAAAUUCCAUGGCAAAGGCAAUAGAUAUUCGCCGAAAUAUAAACAGUUUUGUAUCAAUUUGUACUACACAAGUCCACAGGCCUACAAAUUACUGGAGCAAGCUUUGUGCUUGCCGAAUGUAGCAACGUUAGGGAAACACUCUUUGCCAGUUAGCACGGAACUUAAUGAGCAUCUAAUGGCAACCCUACAGGCCAAAGUUAAUAAUAUGUCAAAUUCUGAGAGAAUUUGUUCGGUCGUUGUGGACGCCGUGAGCCUGAAAUCAAGUCUCUUCUACAAUAUACGUUUGGACAAAAUCAUCGGACUGCAAGAGGUCAACGGAGUUCAGUCACCGGUACUAGCAGCACAGGCUGUUGUAGUCAUAAUACGAGGCAUUUUUGGAAACUGGCAACAACCCAUUGGUUUUGCACUCCUUGGGGAUUGUAAUAACAGCGAGGACAUUUCAAGGUGGAUUGAAAAGUUAUUGGAAAGACUUCUUGAGGUUGGCUUAGAUAUUAGGACAUUUAUUUCCGACCUUGAAUCCGAUCUCUUGUCCGAAGAUAAAAAGAAAUUAAUUUCUAUUGAGAAACCAUAUUUCUUUAUAAAUAACAGAAAAAUAUUCUAUAUAAUUGACUCCCUGCACUUGAUUAAAUCAUUGAGAAACAAUCUGAUGGUAAAUGACUUCCAUUUCCAAGGGUCGGUAGCUAAAUAUGAACAUAUUCUGCAGUUUUAUGAAAGUGAGAAAAACAAAUCCUUUAAACUAGCUCCAAAGUUAUCAGAGACUCAUAUUAAACCCUCAAAUUUUGAGAAAAAGCAGGUUCAUUACGCAACCGAGUUAUUAAGUCAUACAGUAGCAACCGCUAUCUCAUGCUACAUCGAUUUUCAAGCAAUAAGCGGAGCCGCACAAGAUACUGUCAAGUUAAUUAAAAUUAUAAACGACUUGUUCGACAUCUUGAAUUCGUCAACCGUGCACUCGACGUGCGAAUACAAGCAAGCGUUCUGUGGCAGCUUGACACAAAGAACAUUUAUGAAUGAAAUGCUAGAGUUCUUUAAAUCGUUGAAACUAAUUAAUUCGACAACAGGACGCGAUGUGACUUCAACUGCCAAAUUCAUUAGGGGAUAUCAAAUAACGAUCACGUCAAUUCUACUUUUGUUUGACGAGCUCACGGCAGAAGGCUAUAACAACCUAUUGACCAGGCGACUCAAUCAAGACGUUACAGAUAUUUUGUUUGGUCAAGUCCGACGCAAGCGCAAAAGGCCCAGCACCAGACAAUUUAUGACAGCAUUUAGAAAAAUAUUCUUUUCUAACAUAAUAAAAGCAGGCAAACAAGGGAAGAGCUCAGGUGAUUUGUCACAAUUACUUGUGAACACAGAAAAACUAGGAGUUAUGUUAAGUGCUGAGACCGAAGAAAAUGCGUUUGGAAUGGAAGAAGACUGUAAUGAAACGAACACAGAAGCCAGCACUCAUCCCAUUUCGACUUCAGAUUACAAUAACAUAGAAUUGCCUGAAGAAAAUAAGUUGAAAUAUAUUAGUAGUUACUUGUUUAAGAAAUGUGUGAUCAUACAUGGUGGUUGCGAACAGUUGAAGCAGAAUUUAAAGCUGGAUAAUACAAACGAAACAAUUCAAAUGGAUGUAGAUUGUCUAACAAAUAUCGAUGAUAUUGACGUACAAGUCGCUCCACCAGAUAGCUUCGAUAACUUUGUACAAGAGAUGGAAAGGUGUUAUCAGAACUUUUUCAAUAAUUGCUACAUCAAUUCUAAGAUAGCCAAAUCCAUUUUCGAAACUAUGAAUCAACUAAUUUACUGCGCUCCUUGUUCAUGUUUUCCAAUAAAUUAUGCCAAAAAACUAUUUAUUAGGAUAAGAAUUUAUAUCAUUGUAAGAAAUAAUAACGAAGAGUUGAGCAAACAUCGAUCUACUAAGAAAUUGUUUUCUGUUGCGAACUUGUAAACAUUAUAGAUUGAAUUGUUAGUUAAAUUGCACCUUUUUUAAAACCUGACAUCUUGUCAAAGCUGAUUUGCUCCCUUGUAAAUAAGCCCGAGGUGGCAAUAGGUCAAGGUACUCCACCCAUAGUGGCAGCGAAUAUCGGUUAUUUAAAACUGAUCUGAAAGUCUUUACCGAUUACGAAAAUUGGUUACCCAUUUUAGGUACCUACGUGAAGUCGGCUGUCGGACACAAAAGUGUCUCGAAAACUAAAACUAAUUAAAAGAAAUAUCUUAAAACUUGUUACUGAAUUACAGACUUUAUUAAAAUUAAGUUGAUUGAUUGAAA